AUGGUCAUCGACAACGCUUUCGACGACAACGUCAAGAUUGUGUUCGACCUCACCAACCAGGCGCCACUCACUCGCCAGGGCACAAACAUUCUGGCAGUUGACGACCACCUUGAGAGCGCGGAAGAGAAGAAGAGAAACUCGCCCGCAUGGGCGAACUUCGUUCCCUUGGACGGCUUGACGAGCGAAUUCGUGCCUUUUGCAAUUGGUUGGUACGGUGAGAUAGGUGGAGAAGCGUUGAGUUUCAUUCGAAGAAUCGUUGGCCAUUAUGUGAGAGACGAGCGCACAGCGGCCUGGAGAGUGAGGAAAAUUUUGGCGGCGAUUCAGACGAGACACCUGAACAUUUUGGGGGUUUACUUGCAGAACUGUCGCUUCGACAUGGAAAGCAGAGGACCCAUCUUGGAAAGACUUCACGGCUCGAGAUGGCAACGAAGAAAUUUGUGUGAGAAAGCUUGCGGCAUAAAGGCGCCUCCGCAGGCUUUCCACUCAAAUCGACUGUGUGUCACGCAAGAGGAGGGCUUCGGGUCCCAUUAUUUUCACAGAGGACAAACUACGACUGGUCGUUUGUCGUCCAACACGAACACUGAAGAAGGCACUUUGACGCAAGAGUCCGGAGCCGUCCGGAGCGUCGAGGGGGAAGUCUGCGGUGCCGUGCUGGUCGACGAGUGA